UCCACCCAAAAGGCCACCCUCCAGCAACACAUCAUGGAGGAGGACCACCAUAUGGAAGUGCACCCAAUCGCCGCCUGCGAGGUACUCCCAGAGGCGCUUCAGGAGGCACCCAAGGUGACUCCCUCGCCUCUGACCCUCGACUUGGGGCAUCAAGUGCGACUGUUUCUCGGUGAUUUGAAUCACUCAGAUUCGGUAUCCGGAAGUCUUCCUCAAGCAAUCUACGACUAUGCCAGAGGGAAUGGAUCGACACAGCAGCUAUUGUCAGCGCUGUCAAAUUUAGCGGCGAACGAUGGUCUGUUUGAGCUCAUUGAAGCCCGAUUCGAGCCAGUGCUGCUCGAUAUACUAGCUAGGUGGUUGGAACCAUCGGCGUUCACAGACAGUGACCUGAUUGAGAAGCGAUUAUCGGUAUUGGCAAAGCUAGCAGAGACCACCCCGCAGCUGUGGAGUUUGAUUUACGCAUUCAUCCUCCAAUCUCCCUUCCGAGCCUCCCCCUUCUCCUGCCUCGACCAGCAAAACCUCACAGAGGUUCCUGCUCCUCGACUCCACUCUCUGCUCCUGGCUUACAUGCGUCUCAUUAUCGUGGACCCUUUCAUUGCUUCCCGCAACGACUGGUCGAUAAUACCUCUCCACGCUCUUCGCACUGAGCACCCUGACGCCGGGGUAAGACUGCUCGCUAUCCAGGUACUUUCAAAGCAGCGGAAAUGGAGCGAGACGAAAAGGAUGGAGAUGGAGUUUGCCCAUGUAGGGGCGGUGGAGACUACGGAUGUAAAGAUCCUCUUUGGGCACACCGUCAACGUGCUGCCGCAGGGAGGGUUUGAAACUCAAGAGGUGGUGGUGGAUGGAUGGCUUAUGCCUAUAUUAGAAGCGCAGAGGAUCAAAAGAACUAGAAAGUCGACGAACGAUUUCGUCUAUGCCUCAUCUGCCACAAUUGCGGAGCACGAUCUGUCCUCACGCACGGCACUUGUCGCCGACCAUCUCAUCCUGCGCAACUCUCCCCCCAACCCCUCUCUAAGUAUCACACAUGUGCGUACGGAGCCCAUGGACAAUGCGCUCAGAACGCUUUGUCCUCUGGUACAGCUCACUGCACCUAUUCUCCUCACCUCCCCACCUUCUUCAGGCAAAUCCCACAUCCUACAAUACCUCUCCUCUGUACUCUUCCCCAACCAACGGCCUUCCAGUAGGAUCCUUACUAUCCCCCUCGCAGACACAUCUAUCGAUGUGAAGAGUCUGAUUGGGACGUAUAUCUCUUCGCCAACAAAGCCUGGGACGUUUGAGUGGAUGGAAGGAGCGCUUGCGAAAGCGAUCAGGGCGGGGAGAUGGGUCGUUUUUGAGGACGUGGAUAGGGGGAGUACAGAAAUGCUCGUGACGCUGGCUGGAAUUGCCAGGAGCCUGAGGAGUACGAGACCGGGAAAGAGGGCUACGCUGGCUGUUCCCGGGCGAGAGGAUGUUGAGGCUGGAGAAGGAUUCGGACUGUUUGUCACAAGAACCAUCCGACAGGGUUAUACUCCCCCAAGCUUCUAUGCGCACCACAUCUUUACCGAAACCAUCCUUGAAGCCCCGUCAGACAGCGAUAUCCUAGCGUUCCUCUCUGCUCGAUUCGAGCGCUUGCCUCGGAGCAUCACCAUCACCCUCGUCAACAUCUGGCACCAGCUCCGCCCCUUUGACAGGGUAUCUGGCCAAGUCAAGGCUAGGGAUAUUGGACUGAGGGAUCUCGAGAAAUGGUGUGCGCGAGUGGUGCGCAAUUUGCCUCCUUCUGCCUCAUUGGCCGCGCUAGAGCAGUCAGGCUCCAUCUUUGCAAACACCGUGCUCCAGGAUGAGGUGUUCUUGGAGGGUGUUGAUAUCUUUGUUGCUUCUCUCGACAAUAAAGGCGCCUCGCUGGAGAAAAAGAAGCAGAUGAUGAUGACUAUUGCAGAAGGACUGGGGAUGGACGAGGAUCGGGUUUUGGCUUUGGAUGGCCGAAAACCGAACUUCGAGGCUAGCUCCGCUUCUCGUCAGCUGCAUGUUGGGCGAGUCGUUAUGGAGCUGGCGGCACCCGAAAGAAGCCGCCGAGCCGCCGCCUCCUCUUCUCGGCCUUUUGCUCUUACGAAACCCUCUCUUAUCCUCCUUGAGCGAGUUGCUGUACCUCUCGCUCUUGGCGAGCCAACCCUUCUGGUUGGUGAAACUGGUACCGGUAAGACCACCGCUGUCCAACACAUCGCCUCCAUCGUCCGCAAACCACUCACUGUGCUCAACUUGUCGAUGCAAACCGAAAGCAGCGAUUUGCUCGGUGGGUUCAAACCUAUAGACGCUUCCAUUGCUGCCCGUGCGCUGCAUACGAGGUGGCAAAAGUUGUUUUGCGAGACGUUUGCGAUGAGUAAACCUGCGAAUGGGUCGUAUGUCGAGGCGGGGGCAAAGGCACUUGCAGGGAGGAAGUGGGGCAGGUGUGUAGAGAUUUGGGGGUCUUCGGCUAGGCGAGCCAUAGAUAAGCUGGGCAAAGGGGAGCCGUGAGUAACAAUUCUACAGGAAGUUCAGGCAGAGUUGACCAUAAUCAGGGAUGCUCCUCCGGCAGAGGGAUCACCUCUCAAGCGGAGAAAAAUAUCUAAAGCGACCAGGGUGUCCAAUGAGUGGCAAGGGCUGCUAGCUGACGUUACAGAAUUCGACCUUCACCACGCCAAGAUGAAGAGCAAGCUGGUGUUUUCGUUCGUGGAGGGACCUUUGGUUAAAGCUAUCAAGUCUGGGGAAUGGAUCUUACUUGAUGAAGUCAACCUUGCGUCGCAAGAAACGCUCGAAGCUAUAUCAACUAUCCUCGAAGGACCCACAGCGUCUCUUGUCCUGACCGAGCGGGGAGACGUCGAGCCUAUUGAGAGACACCCUCAAUUCAGGCUUUUUGCCUGUAUGAACCCAGCCACCGAUGUCGGCAAGAAAGAUCUUCCUCCCAAUCUGCGCACGCGCUUCACUGAGCUAUAUGUGCCUCCCCCAGAUGACGACCGAGAGGCGCUCCUCUCUAUCGUCUCGCAGUAUCUCGGUGAUGCGGCAGCGGGAGACAAGAGCGUCGUGCUCGAUGUCGCAGAACUCUACACUACCCUCAAAAAGCUGUGCGCGGCAAAAGAGAUCGUGGACGGAUCCAAUGCGCCACCGCACUUUAGUAUGCGAACUCUUGCGAGGGCGUUGACAUUUGCCGUGGAAAGUGCUCCGCUUUUUGGCCUUCGUCGUGGCUUGUGGGAGGGCUAUCUCAUGGCUUUCACCAUGUCUCUGGACGAGGCGAGCGCGCGCAUCGCCCACGAAGCUGGAGAGAGGCACAUCCUGUCGCCCAUGAAGAACGCCCGGGCUGUGCUUGCGCAAAUACCCUCUCUUCCUUCAGACAUGGAUGCCGACGACUAUAUUCGAUUCGGGCCUUUCUGGCUUCGCCGCGGACCUCUUCCGGCUUCCACAGAGGGUCGCUACAUCAUCACUCCCUCUGUGCAGUCGAAACUGACUGAUCUCGCCCGCGUGAUCCUUACCAAGAGGUACCCUGUCCUCAUUCAAGGUCCCACCUCUGCAGGAAAAACCAGUGCCGUUGAAUUCCUGGCGCGUCAGACUGGUCAUCGAUUUGUGCGUAUCAACAAUCACGAGCAUACAGAUAUUCAAGAGUAUCUUGGAACAUACGUGACGGACCCGCAGACGGGGAAUCUGGUGUUUCAAGAAGGUUUGCUGGUGACUGCGGUAAAGCAAGGGCACUGGAUUGUGCUGGACGAAUUGAAUCUGGCGCCAACGGAUGUUUUGGAGGCGCUCAACCGACUCUUGGACGACAACAGGGAGCUUGUCAUACCCGAAACCCAGGAGGUGAUCAAACCCCAUCCCAACUUUAUCCUCUUCGCCACCCAAAAUCCUCCAGGGCUCUAUGCUGGGCGUAAGAUCUUGUCAAGAGCUUUCCGCAAUCGAUUCUUGGAAGUUCACUUUGACGAUGUUCCCAAGACCGAGCUCGAGACCAUCUUGUGUCAGCGAUGUCAAAUCGCUCCUUCGUAUGCUGCAAAGAUCGUCCAGGUUUUCGAGGAGCUGAGACAUCGGCGUCAAGCGUCACGUGUCUUUGAAUCGAAGCAGUCUUUCGCUACCCUUCGAGACUUGUUUCGUUGGGCCGAAAGAGGUGCUGUGGGCUAUCAGCAGCUCGCGGACGACGGCUAUAUGCUUUUGGCAGAGCGCACGAGGCACGACGAAGACAAGGUCGUGAUCAAAGAAGUCAUCGAGCAAAUCAUGAAGGUCACUAUCAAAUACGACAUGUACGAACUGUUCGACCAAUCGGCUGGCAUACUGGCACGAUUCCCUCAGACAUCACUUCCGCCGACUUCGAUGGUAUGGACCAAGGCCAUGCAGCGGCUCUUCGCACUUGUGGCGGCUGCCCUUCUGCACAAUGAGCCAGUAUUGCUAGUCGGUGAGACAGGUUGCGGCAAAACCUCAGUCUGCGAGGUCGUCGCCCACAUGUUUAGCCAAAAGUUGGUCGGUGUCAACUGUCACCAAAAUAUGGAGACUGCCGAUCUCCUUGGUAGUCAACGUCCCGUCAGGAAUAAGCUCGACCGUAAGGCUCGGGUAAUCGAUGCCCUUGCUAAGUAUAUUGAGCUUGGUCGUGAUGCUUCGGAGGACAACAUCCUGGAAGCAUGCAGUGGGCUUCUGCAGAGAGAGGACGUGGAUCAUUCGCUGGUCCGACGUUGUCAACAGGAGACCAAACAGCUCUCCGCCCUGUUCGAGUGGUCUGAUGGUCCGCUUGUUCACGCCAUGUCAGCGGGUGAUCUCUUGCUUCUGGACGAAGUGUCUUUGGCGGAUGAUUCUGUACUCGAACGUCUCAACUCCGUGCUUGAACCAGGACGUACUCUUGUCUUGGCCGAGAAAGGCGGUGUUGACAUUGAUGAGGCUACGAUCGUUGCCAACGAUAAAUUCCAUGUUGUGGCAACGAUGAACCCAGGAGGUGAUUUUGGAAAGAAAGAGCUCUCGCCAGCGUUGAGGAACAGGUUUACUGAAAUCUGGGUGCCUGCUCUGAAUGAUAGAGGCGAUCUCUUGCAGAUCAUUGAGCAAUCAAUGCGACACGUGGAAGUCAGUCCUACUGGGCCUCUUAUACUGGACUUCUUCAUCUGGUUUGGCGAGAAGCUGGGUGAUGCUUCUGGACUGGGUUUGCGAGAUAUCCUGGCUUGGGUCAGUUUUAGCAACGACAUGUUUGCCAAAGGCCUCAAUGCCGCUCAAGCUUUUCACCAUGGCGGUCAAAUGGUAUUAAUCGACGGACUGGAAUCGCUGCCUCAGACGUCCGGCAUGUCGACAUCCAGCAUCAAAAUCCUUCGAGAAGACUGUCUUGUCCAACUGGGCGUGUUGGCGACAUCGCUGGAUAGCGAAUUGCAAACGGUGCCGAACUUGGAUGUCAAGAUCAGCUCCGAAGCUGUCCACGUGGGCGGCUUUUCAGUCCCGAAGGGCCCCGUCAUCAAUGAGGUCCCGACCUUCAUGUUCGGAGCUCCUACGACUGCUCUCAACACCAUGAGGCUUGUCCGUGGCUGUCAGUUGCCCAAAGCAAUCCUGCUUGAAGGUAGUCCAGGAGUAGGAAAGACGAGUCUCGUCUCCGCUCUGGCUGGCAUUGCGGGGUACAAUCUUCAGCGGAUCAACCUUUCCGAUCAGACCGAUCUGAUAGACCUAUUUGGGUCCGAUCUUCCGGUCGAAGGGGGGCAGCCCGGCGAGUUCCAGUGGCGAGACGCGGCCUUCCUCGAUGCUAUGCAGAAAGGUGAUUGGGUGUUACUCGACGAGAUGAACCUUGCCUCGCAAACAGUUCUCGAAGGCCUCAACGCUGUUCUUGAUCAUCGUGGUACCGUAUACAUCCCUGAACUGGGAAAAUCGUUCGAUCGCCAUCCCGGCUUCAGAGUCUUUGCUGCUCAAAACCCUCUGCAACAGGGUGGUGGCCGAAAAGGCCUACCAAAGUCGUUCCUGAAUCGUUUCACCAAGGUCUACCUGCAAGAGCAUACCCCGGAAGAUCUCUUGAUCAUCUGCCGAGACCUUCACCCGAUACCUGUUGAGAUGGUCCAGAAAAUGAUAUCAUUCAACGAGACCAUGCGAGUUCAGACUAUGGUCACUCGUGCUAUUGGGCGCGAAGGAAGUCCUUGGGAGUUUAAUCUUCGUGACUUGUUCCGAUGGUUCAACCUCCUUUCGAAGAAGAAUGGGCUGGAGAAGAGUGAACAUCCGGUCGAGUUCUUCCAAAUGGUAUAUCGUCAGAGGUUCAGAAGUGAACGAGACCGCCAAAUGGUCACCGACAUAUUUGAAAACAUUUUUGGCAUUCAAAUUGACAACACUCGGCCUGUACCAUCCGUCACACCAUCUUGGCUGCAAGUUGGACAUUCUCUGAUCCAUCGGGGAGCCGCAUCUUCGGUAGAAGCGCAUUUGAACCAUGGACAUCUUGAAGUUGCCCAAUCUAUCUUGAAAGGCAUUGAGAUGGGCUGGCUCGUAAUCUUGGCUGGUGAAAGCGGUACUGGCAAGCGCACUCUUGUCCACAACCUCGCAGAAGCGGCCGGUCGAGAGCUGGGAGAGUUCUCAAUGCACCCUGGUGUGGACACAUCGGAAAUUUUGGGCAGUUUUGAGCAGCAAGAUGUCUCUCGUUCGGUUGACGCGGUUUUCACCGAUGUCAGCAACAUCAUCUCAAAACUGUCGGAUACCCAUCCCAGCUUCGCCUCGCAACUUUCUGAGCUAUCCUCAGCCAGGCGAGCUUGCACAAAUCGCUCCGACACCCGUGCUAUACCAGCGUUCUACGAAAUGUCCCAGUCCAUCGUUCAGACUUGCUCCUCUUUGGCUGACACGACGCUAGCCCAGCAGUCUAUGGCCGAUCUUGCCAAACUUGGUCCAAAUGCUGUAGGAUUUGCUUGGGUCGAUGGUCAACUAAUUCAUGCGAUCAAAAAUGGCGGGUGGUUCCUCAUAUCGGACGCCAACUUGUGCAGCGCGUCCGUACUCGACCGACUCAACAGUCUAUGUGAGAGUAACGGCGUGCUCGUUUUGAGUGAGAAGGGUUCGUCAACUGGUAGCCCAGAGAUACUCAAGCCCCACGCGGACUUCAGGCUCUUUAUGACUUACGACCCCAAAUUCGGUGAGCUGUCAAGAGCUAUGCGCAACCGAGGCGUGGAGCUUUUUGUCAGCCAGAGCGGCCAAAGAACUAGCCCGCAAGAUGUUCAGCCUCUCGUCAUGUCAGACAAUUCGAUGCUGCGACAGGUGGAUACCAUGUACGACAAUCUACUGAGUGAGGAUGGUGUUGCCGUAGCAGCCGCUUUUGCGUUCCAAAGUCACAAAAGCGUGCCGUAUCUGCUUCGCUGCAGCUCUCCUGCUACGCCCAGUCUUCUCAACGAGGUCGCGAUGGUCCUCCUCUCUGCUUCUGUACGAGAGAUCUCAAGGACGAUGGCUUCCAAUGUGUGCAUGAGUCAAGGAUUGGAGUCUGAUUUCGUCGAAUCAUUAUUCAUUGAUCCCACCUUCAAUCCUAAUGUCCACUCGACUGCUCAGAUUCGCGGGACAAUGUUCUCCAUACUGUCCACACUGUCUCUUGACAAGUACAGACAACAGCAACUUCAAGUUUGGCUCGAAGAGCCUGCAAACGGCAAGACCGUGCUGGCGACCUCUGCUGCCGCGUUUCGUCGUGCAGUCACGCGACAGAAAGUGGCAGCUGGCAAGGAUAUCUACCCGUUCCUCUUCGCCUUUUCCGAGUUGGUCACCGCUCAUAUCGGAUCAAUCGCCACUACCUCGCAAGAUUCCCUCACCAAGCUGGCGCGUAUCUUAGCCUACGUUCAGCUUAUUCAAGAGCACGCGAAGUCGACUACAUUCGAUUACUCGUCUACGAAGCUUCUCGCAAAAUGGAUCGAAGACGAGAUAGAAGGCAUUCAGAUAUUUGCACCUGUGUUGGAGACUUUGCGAAACCUAGCAAAGACGGUGCAGCUGACGUCCGGCAUGGGUCAAGAUCAAAUCUGGACUCUAUUCCGGGCCGCAUCAAGCCGUUUCGGUCAGGCGGCAGAAAUUCAGAGGUUAGCUGCCUUGAGUAAUGAAGUCGUGGAUCGUCAAUUACGCCUGUCCGUUCUCGAGGCUCUAUCUGUUUUGGAUGACGCUUCUGUAGAGGAUGGUGUAUUGUCGCAGUUGGAGGUUCUGCUUACAAACUCGAAGAUGAUUCCGAGAAAAGAGAUUGAUCCAAGUAGCAACUGGACGAACUGGAGUGUGGUUGAAGCAUUGGAGCUCGCAGCUUUAUCCAAAAACAACCGUCAAGCAUUGCAGAUCAUUGUGGAAGAUCGCAACGUUGACUUGUCCUCGCUUGUGUCCCUCAGUAAAAGCUUGAGCUCUGACAAGAUCGCGGCGCAUUCCUUCCAAGCGCUGUCGACCUGGCUGCAAAGAGUCUGGGACCAUGCUGCACCGAACGAGGAAGUCUUGAGUGGGCCUGCUGAUUUGUUCAAGCCCACACGUUUGUCCGCGUCUCUUCGGUUCAGUGUCGUCGAGUCCAUCAAAAUGGCAAAUAUACCUGAACAGGACGACGCCCUCAAUUUCUCGAUCAAGACAGCACUGUAUGAUGCUGAGAAUGAUGACAAGCGUCGUUAUGAAGCUCUUAGUCUUGUCUUGACAAUUUUGGUCUGGAUCGUCAGUUCAUUUGGGGUUUCCGUCUCGUCCAAUCUGGACGUUGUCAAGUUCAUGGAAUCUAUCACAGGGGCUGUCGAAAGAGCUUCUCAGGACGACAGUCAUGCUCGUGUGAUGGGCUGCUCCUUUGAAAAGUGGAUCAAGCCUGCCUUCAUCUCUAUUACCAAUACACCCCAUGACCUCUCGGCGCUCGGAUCCCUCUGGAUUGCGGUCUCAUACUUCAUCCUCGAUCUAUACGUCACCAACAUCCCUAUAGAUCCUGGAGUUCGCCGAGGGCUCGAAGGCGAGGUCAUAGAGCAACUCCUUGUACACUCCGAGGCCAAGCUCUCAGCUGUCUCUGCUGCUGAGAUGAUCGUCAAAGGCGUCAGCGAUAGUGCAGUUGUUCUGGAUCUCCAGGAGGAAGUCACGAACCUUCAGCAUGGCCACGCCGCUCUGGGACCAGCACUCGAGCGUUCCUCGGACGUCAUCAAGCUUUCUCAUUUGUUCAAUGAGGUACACGCAUUCCUUGCCGAUCAGUACGAGGAGAGCCGCAUCACAGCGCUCGUGACUUCCCUGCAAAACGGUCAGACCCAUGGCUUUUCUCGCGAGCAUGAUUUCCAGCUCGCUUCUGCUGCUUUCACACAACGCCUGACUUCCAACUAUGCCGAAACCCCCGAUCUGGUACACCCAAUUGUCACUGCCACUUCGAUAGGCAAAUUUGGUAUACGUCUUGUAGCUAGAGCCGGCGACCUUCAGGCUGCCAAAUCGAAUCCAGCACUCUCCUCCGCCUUGUCAUUCCCUCUCGCUCAACACUUGCAGACCCUUCAAGAUCUGACUGUCGAUGCCCCUGUUGACAAGGCCACAGGUGUCCCAGCUGGUCUUCUGGCGGUGUCAUCCUACAUCUGCGAUAUGGACAACAGCCAACAGCGAAGGGCGCAUGUCCCCAGGAUAGCGCAACGCUUGGACUACCUGUACCAAUCUUGGAGUGCCAUUCGUCUCAGAGAGCAACAAGAGGCUUCAGAUGCCGAGAGUAUGUACCGCGUCAAGAAGACGGAUAUCGAGGUACUCUCGGACGAGGAGCAGGAAGCAAAGGAGUUUGCGGAGCUGUUCCCACAGUACGAGGACGCUGACGCGAAUGACGCUGCCUUCGAACCAGAGAAGGCAGAAGAGAAGGAAAAGAAAGGAUUCCUGCCAUCCUACGUGUCGGCUUUCUCUACUCUUGUCAGACAAGGGUUUGGUCAUGCGUCUUGCACUCCAGGCAAACUUUUGAAGCAGCUCAUCGACGAAACCAUCCAUUACAACUUUGAUACAUCAAAGUUCGACGAAGAAAUUGACGUCAGAAGUCUGGCGUUCCGCGUGGCUACCCUUCACCGACGCCAAGUAGAUGUGAGGAUGCCUCCUUCACAGCCCAACUUUUAUCUUUCGCAUAAUGAGCCCGAAAUUCGUAAGGCUCAUGACGUCUUGGCCCGCCUAAUUCGCCGACUUGACGUUCUCAUUGCGGAGUGGCCCGAGCAAAUGGUCCUCGUUCAUAUACGUGAACGCUGCGAGCGCAUCCUGAAUCUUGACACCCGAAGUUCGGUAGCCCAAGUGCUCUCCACACUGGAGUACCUCCUCCUUCAUACAGAGGACUGGGAAAGCUACGCCAAUCGCGACAACUCUUUGGGCCCCUUUAGGGAUGAAAUCUCCAAGAUGAUUAUUGAAUGGAGGAAAUUGGAGUUAAUCUCUUGGACGCGUUUGCUGGACGACCAGGCAGAACAAUAUGUGUCGCAAGAUGACGAGUGGACUCUACGCCUCUAUGGCGCUCUUAUCCAUGGUGCUGUUGGCGCGGAGGAUAUUGAGAAGCACAUGACUGAGACACUCCCGCUGAUAUCCACAUAUAUCAACAACAGUACCCUCGGUCAUUUUGCGUCUCGUGUCGAUCUGCUUGCUGCCUUCCAACGUAUGGCAAUCGAGAUGUCGCAUCAAGCCCCACAGUUAUCGAAGAUUGCUACUAUGCUGCACAAUCUCCUGGCAAACGCCGGGUUAUUUGCCAUCAGGGUCAAGGACUCCCUGUCUACUCAGCGCGCGGCCAUUGACAAGGCCAUCAAGGACUUUGUCAAGCUUGCCAGCUGGAAGGACGUGAACGUCUACGCCCUCAAAGCAAGUGCCCAAAAGUCCCAUAAAGCGCUGCAUCGGAGUAUCAGAAAGUUCCGUGAUGUGCUUCGGCAGCCAGUGGCGCCCAUGAUGAUGGAAUUGAACGGUGUCGUUCCCCAAGAAGCCCCGAUACCGUCCGAGCCUUGGACCCCAUCUGUAUAUGACAAAAUGUCGCUGUCCAAUGGCGCUCUUGGUUCACGAGCGAGCAUCGCUGUCCCCGUUCCCGAUGUCCUUCUAAGGCUCGACGAGACUCUCAGCAGAUACGGGCAAGUUCAUGACAGAAUUCGAGGCACGGUCACAGGCUCCACCGCUUCUCUGGUAGACACCAUGGCUGUCGAUGUCAUUGACACAGCAGCCCAUCUGAACAAGCAAACACCGUCGACUCUCACCAAGGAGAACGAAAAAAUCGUCAACAAUCUCGCCAGUCGAAAGCGUAAAGCUUACUCUGACAUGUUGAAGGCCCUUCGAGCUGCUGGCUUCUCUCAGAAUGUCCGUGCCGAUCAACUUGCUCGCCAACAGUCUACCAUGUGGCUGGUCAGUCAGCCUCAUAUUGUCGUUCACGGUCUAUCCAACGACCUGGUUAGCCAAAAUGCCAACAAGGUCGAGAAUUACCACCACAGGAUGGAGAUCCUGGUAGCUGCUGUCCGGGCCGCUUUCAACGGACACAGCCCCGACAUCAACUCUCAAGAUCUGCGGAGAGGUAUUGGGUUUGUGGAGUCAUUAUAUGCGACGGCUCUGAAUGAGCGUACUCAGAUUGUCAAUGAGCUUCAGCCGUUGACCAAGCUUGAAGCUAUACUACAGCGGUUCCGACACUGCUCCGAAGCCGAGUCCGUGAUCAGCGGUGCCUCAGUCGUACAAGCAUUCGAGGCAGCCCAAGCGUCUGCUAGUCAGAUACACCGGGCUCUUGCUGAGACCGAAGAGGGCAUGCGUCAGCUCCGAGAACUACAGGGCCGACAAUGUCGAAACGAGGACCUCGCCGCUGUCCAUGACCUCCGACAGGAAAUUGGUCUGCUUUCUCAAGCCUUGUCAAAGACACUUGACUCCGUGACAGACUCUACCUGCUCACUGUUCACCCAGACGGAAAUGGACCUUCUGAACACAUUUGAGCGAAUCCGCAAAAGUCUUGUAGAGCGCUUCACAUCUCAGGCUGAAGCUACGGACGACUUCCGGCACCUUCUUAUUCCCGUGGCCAACAUGGCUCGUUCACUCGAGCUUGCCGUGCCUGUCGCCUCUGCGGUCGACAGGGAAGAACAACUCUGGACCCAGAGCGACGAGAUCAUCCAGUCUCUGCUGGUGGUUGCUCAGCAGCUCAAGCCCCCUGUGGUGGCUGAAGUCCAGGAAGACGAGUAUCCCCAUAUCCCGACGGAUUUCAAGCAGCAACGCUCUUUGGUUGCUUCAUUGCACGUCAGCGACAUCGUUGAGCGGCUCUCCACUUUCAUCGGCCGCCUCACCGCCGCCCCCGCUAGCACUGUGCCAAACUGCAUCUCCCGAAUCAUCCCCUUCCUCGAAAUUUUCAACCAAACCUACUCCCACUCCUUGAGCGUCCACACCCACUCCGUCAAGGCCACCUACAAGCUUGCCUACGUCGUUGGCCGAAUCGUCCUUGACCUCGCCCAGAAAGGCUUCUGCAAACCGCAGGAACAGGGAGAUGAGGGACAGGGCGAAGAUGGCGACGCGAUUGAGGGUACGGGUAUGGGCGCAGGUACUGGCGAAAACAACGUGAGCAACGAGAUCACGGAAGAAUCCCAAGUCGAAGGCUUGCAGGGCGAGGAGGAAGAGGAGAAGGAAGAGAACGGCGGCGAGGAUGAUGAUGCUUUCAGCAUGGACGAAGACUUUGAAGGAGAGAUGGGUGAAGGAAAGGAGAAGGACGAAGGAAGUGGCGACGAGGAAGAAGAGGAAGAAGACCACGACGAGCACGUUGGUGAUGUCGAUCCUCUUGAUCCUGGAGCCGUGGACGAAAAGUUCUGGGGUGAUGAAAAGAAGGAGGAGGACAAGAAGGAUAGCGACGAGUUGAUGGACCAGCAGGGUCAGGAGGAGGAAGGGGAGACGGAGAUGACUGCCAAGGAGGACGAGAAGAAGGAAAAGCAAGAAAAGAAGGAAGAUAAGCAGAAGGAAGAGGCAGGGGACCAAGCAGAGGACAGCGAGCAGACCGAGCAGAAGAACGAUGGAGAUGAAGGCGGUGAUGAGGAGGGAGAAGAGAUGGACGACGAAGAAGUCCCCGGAGAGGAGCACGAAGAGGACGGCGACGAUCAACCUGCAGGCCAAGACCAGCAAGAGGUCUCUAUGCCCGAAGGCGAAACCCUUGACCUUCCUGAAGAUCUCAAUCUCGACGACGAAGGCAUGGAAGAGGGCCAAGAGGAGGAAGAUGAGAAUCUCGGAGACGACAUGGGUAUGUCCGUCGAUGGCGACGAAGAGGAGCAGGAGAGCGGGCAGCCUGAUGAGAUCGACAAUUCCAACGAGCAAGAAGGUCAAGAGGCGGACGACGCUCCCGAGGCUACUGGCCAAGGCGAAGAUGAAACCGAGGAGGAGGCCAACAUGGGCCAGGAUGCCGACUUGUCUGCUGCCAACGAACAAGCUCAAGAGUCUGAAGUCGGCAAAAGCAUGGGCGGUGGACUGGAGGGCGAGAUCCAAAAGGAGAAGGAAGCAGAGGAAGAGGCAGAUGUGGAGAAAGAGGAGAUGGAAGAAGGUGCUCAAGGUCACGACGGAGCUGCUCCCCAAUCGCAACAGCAACAGAAUUCGUCAGACCAGCAGCAAGCUGACGGCCCUGUCGACUCUUCCGGUGCUCCCCUUCCCUCCGACAACUCGGCUCAACCCCAGACCUCUCGAAGCCUUGGCGAUAUUCUCGAAAAGAUACAGCGCCGUCAAGACGAGAUUCUUUCGCAGAAUGAGCGCGAGGAGCAGCCCUCCAACGACCAACAAGUUCCCGAGCAAGCCCCUGGUCAAGUCGAGUACGUCAAGGAGGACGAAGCCAAAGAAGACGACCAGCAGGCUUUGGGCAAGGCUGGAGACGAGGAGAGGCAGAAGCUUGAGGAUCUCCAAAUCGUCGAUGAGGAAGACCGAGGGGAAGAGAUGCCUGCUAUGGAGGACAAUCCUGAAGAAGGGGAGGACUCGCAGGGGCAGGAAAGGCCCCAGAAGCAUGCCGAAUCUAACCACCAAACUCGAGGAGAACCCGAUGCCGAGCGAGAGCAGACCGAAAAGGCUCUCACGCAGGCGGAUAUCGGCGGCAAGCCUUCUGGUGAUGUUGGCGACGAUGCGAUGGAAGUUGAUCUGGACGAUUUCGAGGGCGGCGUGGAAGGCGAAAGGGCGUCUAUUGACGAGGAGGAUGAGAUUGAACUCCACAUUGUGGACCCCACUCCUGUCGCCGGCCAAGUUGCGACCGCCGAAGACAUCUGGCGCCGCUACGCCUCCCUCACUAGCGAUCUCUCUUACGCUCUUUGCGAGCAACUUCGCCUGAUUCUCGAACCAACUCUCGCUACCCGACUUCAAGGCGACUUCCGGACUGGUAAACGGCUCAACAUGAGAAAGAUCAUUCCCUACAUUGCGUCCGAAUACACCAAGGACAAGAUCUGGUUAAGGCGAACCAAGCCCUCGCGACGAGAAUACCAAGUGCUUCUCAGUCUUGACGACUCGCGCUCCAUGUCCGAGUCGCACUCUGUCGACCUUGCCUACCAGACGCUUGCUUUGGUCUCCCAGGCUAUGAACAAACUUGAGGUCGGUCAGGUCAGCAUCGCCAAGUUUGGAGAGUCUGUGGACAUUUUGCACCCCUUCAAGGAGGGCGGCUUUACAGACGCCGACGGUGCCAAGGUCAUGUCAAGCUUCAAGUUUGAUCAGCAAAAGACCGAUGUUGCCAGUCUGGUCGAGAGAACGCUCAGCUAUCUGAGUGAGGCCAGACACGGUCCUGCCCAGAGCGCUAGUGCUCCCGACCUGUGGCAGCUGCAAAUCAUCAUCUCUGACGGAGUCUGCCAAGACCAUGCUCGUCUCAGGCGGCUCUUGCGAAAAGCGCUCGAAGAGCGAGUCAUGAUCGUCUUCAUCAUUGUCGACUCGCUGCAGCAAACUGCUCCGGCGACUGCUUCUGCCGGGCCGGCUUCCUCCACACGGCCGAGCAUCCUAUCCAUGCAGACAGUCGAGUACAAGAACGUCGGCGGGGCGAUGAAGCUCGAGAUGCAGAGGUAUCUCGACACUUUCCCCUUCGAAUUCUAUGUGGUGUUGCGAGAUGUUGAGGCUCUGCCUGGGGUGUUGGCGGAUACGUUGAGGCAGUGGAUGACGAGGGUGUCUCAGUCGCAGGAGUAGGAGGCUAGGAGUGGUUGUAGGGUGUUGUGAUUCUUGGCGCAUUCUUUCUGAGGUUGUGGCAUAAUUGGGUAGUAGUUUCCAGCAAUAGUAGAUAGCAUUCCAUAUAGACUCUGGCACUGAACAUGUAUGUAACAGAUAGAGUAUCGAA